CACACCUGGAAAAGGAGGAAGAAGAAGAAGAAGACGGGGCUCUCGCUAUAAGCUACACGGGCUCAUAUCGUCUGAAGGCCUUCCUUUGAAGUCAUGACGAGGUGGGCGAGAGCCAACAAUGUCCACAAACACAAACCGGCCGAGGCGACUCCCUGGAAUCAGCUCAGAUCAGCCGGAAGACAAAAAGAUGGAGGUGUGCCUGCUGGGCCAUCAUGGUCAGAUCAGACGGACCCUCUGAGAAAGACCUACGCUUCUGCUGAGAGGAAGCCCAACCGCAAGAAGAAAGAGUACACCAGCGAGGACGUGAACGGGUUCCUGGAGUACCUGAAGCAGAGCGGUCAGGACAGCGGCAGGGAGGCGGAGGCGGAGCUCAAGGAGACGGUGGAGGUGGCCCUGAAGAAAGACAGGAGGAGGGAAGACAGGAGGGUGAAGAGGCAGAAGGACAAGAAGAGUAAGAUGGUGUGCUUUAACUGCAGGAAGCCAGGUCACGGUUUGGCCGACUGUCCAGAAGCCGACAGAGACGAGGAAAUGGGACGCGGCAUCUGCUUCCGCUGCGGCUCCACGGAGCACGAGAUCCAGAAGUGCCGAGCCAAAGUGGACCCAGCACUGGGUGAAUAUCCGUAUGCGAAAUGCUUCAUCUGCAGUCAGACUGGUCACCUGUCGCGCUCCUGCCCUGACAAUCCCAAAGGGCUCUAUGCUCAAGGCGGCUGCUGUCGUGUUUGUGGUUCUGUGGAGCAUUUUCAGAAGGAUUGUCCAGAGCACCAGACAGCAACUAACUCAGUGACUCUGGGCUGGUUGUCCAACAACAUGAGCGCAGACCUGGAGGACGUUCACGUUCCAGUGAAGAAAGCCAAACCCAAGCAGGCCAAAGUGAUAACCUUCUGACCCGAGAGGACGUCAGAGCCUUCAGUCUGUGGACUCUUAGGAACCGGACCAAUGGGUCAAAACGUGACUCAGUCAGUGAAGUUUUGUGUGGAAUGUUUCCUGCGGCGUUGGCUGACGCAGUCUGCUGGAGGUGAAUCAUCACUGAACGUCUAAAUCCUGGCUGAUGUUUCACCAAAUGACGGAACUCAGGAAAGCCAGACUGUCCAACCUGAGCUGUGAACCGUUGGUGUUCAUGUGUGUUUGCAGAAUGUAUUAAUUAUGGACAUACGUUUUAAUUCACACAUCAACUGUGCAGCACUUCUAUUACUGACGGAAUGAAUCUAGGGCUGCAAUGUACAAUCAUAUUAGUAACACAUUAAUCUAUCAAUUAUUCUGAUGAUUACUCGGAUUAAAAAAAUUGCCAUUUUUUACAGUUUUUUUCUUUAACCAGUGAAGCGUCUUGUAUGCAAUCCAUUAAAAGAAAAACAUUAAAAAUAAAUUCAAAUCCUUUUCUAAAUAAGAAAAUAUUUGAUUUAACAGCAGCUGCCUAAAAUGCGAUUCUUUUGUGACUGAACCAGGUGAAGCUAAACCUAAACCACUUGUGGAGUUUUGGCUAAAAUACAUUUACAGUCACAGAUGUUUCUAUCUCAAAUAUUAAAUUAUUUUCUUCUUUU